AUGGAUAAAUGGACAGCGAUAGAACCCGUAAAGUUAUACGACAAGGCUUCAUCAACCGCAGCCUCAGUCCUAUCCAGGCUCAGCGGUAACGCCCCCUCAAGAGCAAUUUUCAUUGGACCUUUACCGCCAGAACUCCACUUGCUUAUCCUAGACUACCUCCCGCUCUAUGACCUCCCCGCCAUCGCCCGCAGCUCUCGUGCAUUCUCUAGGCUUGUCAGGGACGAGAAACUCUGGGAGCGCAAGUGGAAGGCACUCAAGAUCGAAAAGUACGCACUACAAGAGGUACUGAACGAGUUGCAAAAUGAAGAGGAACACAAACCCCCGCCGCCAAGACCUGGCCACUUUGCCGUCGAGGAGGAGAGCGAUCUUGCGACCUUCACCGUGGGGGGCGACGAUGAGUUUGGAGACUUUACAGAAGCACCACCCACCCAGUCAACUACGGGAACAGCUACGGAGACAUUUGGGCAGUUUGUCAACACCUUCAACAACGUCGCGUUGGACAGCCAGUCCGCUGUGCCGUACAUCACCGCCUUCCCCUCCCACCACACCUUCCGGAGCAAGUUCGUCAAGGCCCACAAAGCAUUCGUCGGCCUACUGCCGAAGGUCGUCACCCCACCAGAACUGGCACUCUCACAUCUCUUCCCAUCUCCCGCCAAGUCUCUAUACAAGGGCCGCGUUCUGCACCUCCUCGCCUUGUUCCUCUCCCCUGCUAUCGAGCCCACGCGAAUAUGGAGUGCGCAGAAAGAUGCCCUCAACUCCUCCAUCCGCACGUUCAACGCCUCCCUCGUCACUGCCUUCGAUACUUCAGAAGAAAAGGGCGAGGAUGAAGGGAUGAAGGAGGCUGCGUGGGCGAGCUGGGAGGUAUGGGACGGGCAGGGCGAGUGGGAGAUGGGCAAGACUUGGAUGGAGAAACGAGACGUGUUCUUCGACUCUGACAGAUGGGAUCCCCUGCGUAACCUGACCAAUAAUACGCUGCAUCUAGACCCCAUGGUCGUCUUCAUGACGAAUACAAUGGAGUCAGUAAGAAAAGAAGGCAGCUUCGCCAUCCGGAUCUUUCCCCCAUCAGCAGAUAUCCUGCUCGCCGUCACCCGACGCGUCGCAGCCGACGUGAUCGGCGAAUACAUCACUCCUCUCCUCUCCCGUGCUCGGGAGAUCUCGAUUCCAACAUACCUCAACGCCACUCCAGCGACCUUCAAGCAGGCCUGGCGGCUCGUCGACUCCAUUAUGGACGUUGCCAAUCCGCCUCCGGAAGCAGUCAUCACCAGAACGCAGGCGGAGGACGUCAUAUUCCGAAUGUUUGAGAUGUUCAUGGAAGAUUACCUGACGGAGGAAAUCAGCUCUACGAAGAAAACACUGGACACGGCAUGCGACACCUGGGACCGGAAAGUGGCUAGUCACACGGGCCUCUACUCGCCCAACGCACCCCAUUUCUUGAAGAAUCCUGCCCAAGUAAAACGCAACGUCCUUGCCUCUUUUGCGGAUGUUCUACUCCUUCCUGUACAAGUAGCCGCUACGGGCGGGACGGCGGUCGCCAAGGGCAUCUCCAAGUUGACCCCGCAGCAGCGGGCGGACAAGAACAAACCAGAGGCGAACGGGUACCGUACACCGUUAGCUGAUAAAGACGACCCGACCGCGUUUGACCUCACUAUGGCCGAUAUCGACAACCCGAACGAACACGACCAGGACCAUGAUACGCAUCCACAUCCCACACCGGUUCCGGCACAUGUUGUCAAUGGAUCCCGGGCGUCGCUUAGUCUCGUGGGCAGCGGGCCAGGCAGUCGCUCCGGAACGCCCGUGCCUGGACCACGUCCCUCCACCCCCCUUCCUUCCUCCUUCGACAGGCUUGAGCUCCUCCUCUCGCUGGACGUCGCCCUAGAGCUGAUACAUGCCGUGCGGGACUCACUCGCCAGAGUGCAGACGUUUCAAGCGUAUCCGGGAACAUACGGCUACCGUGUCCGCGAUACAUUCGAUCAACUAUUUGUCCUGCUCUUGCAGGCUAUGGGAGACAGACAUAUCUGUCCUGCAUUCGAGAAGGCCGAAGAGCAGAUGAAGACGUACAAGGCGGAUGAGCAUGAAAUAAGUACGAGCGUUGCUCCUCUUCUGCAAUUCUUCGAACUAGUACAUCUCGCCGAUACAAUCCAGUCCAUGGUACAGGUCUUCUUUGACAAGGAACUCUCAGCGCAUAUCGAUCGCACGGAUUUCAUGAAUGAUGUCAUUCGCGAGAAGAAACGGUUCGAGAAUUCCCUAGAUGAUGCAGUUGCGAGUGGGAUGAAUGCGGGCACAGAAGUGCUCAUGAAUCAGGUGGAGCACAUCAUCUGGAGUCGGACCGGGCCGCGCGAGUAUUAUCCACCAGAAGGCCCACCCCUGGAACUCGGUCCCACAGAAGGAUGCCGAGAAGCCAUCCAGUGUCUCGAGAUGCAUUGCAAGCUGUUGAAAGGCAGUACGAGCAAGGAUGUCCUCGAAGUGUUCUAUCAAGAAGUGGGUAUUCGUUUGCAUGGCAUCAUCCAGAAACAUCUCAAGCGCCAAAUCAUCUCCCUUGAAGGAGGGUUCCAAGUCAUUGCGGAUCUAAACGCAUAUUACAGCUUCAUUGCAUCGCUGCGCGUUCAGCAGAUUACCCAGGAUUUCUCGAAUCUGAAGAUGCUGGGACACGUCUUCAUUGUGUCCGAUGCCAAAGAUUUAGCACAGAUCGUACGAGAUGUCACGCGAUACGGGGGUUCCUUCCGACCAGAAGACGUCUAUGAGUUUAUUCAGCGACGUGCGGACUGGAAGAAGAUCGAAAAAACCGUCGAUAAGACCAUGUACAACUUGAGCUUCAAAGACGACUGUAUCAUCGCAUGA